UACAGUCAUGUCCUUUCCAUGUGCGGUAUUUCCGGAAGAAGUGGAUUAUUGUGUCGGAAGCUUACGCUGUUUCCAAGUUGCGGAUAUUGGUAGCAAAAGUUGGUUCGAUCAAUAUGAGAUUACACUGAAACUGACCCAGCAAGCCUAUAUCGAGGCCAGCACAAAGCAAGAGGAGGUCAUUAAGGAGCGAAUCAUUAUCGAUAGCAAACUCCCUACCUUGGUACACGAAGUAUUCUGCAUUUCGAUCUGGAAAGGCAAGGUUCUACCGAAACUUCUACAGGGCAAAUCUUUAGAUGCUUCUUUCGUCUUGUACAGCGUGUUGUAUUAUGAAGUGAAUCUCGUAGCAUUGCUAGAAACAAUUUUAUUCCAUCGCAAUAGCUGUGAGGCACUAGGAGAAUGCACACUGGAUUUGAUUGAUUACAGCACUAAGUCCGUUGGGUUCCUAAUCGGUAUUGUUAAUCAGGAACGCUUGCAAAAUACAGUGGCAGCAGAGAAUUUACACGAAUCCGUUCAGGAGGAAAUUGAGCGUUUGAAACGCGACAUAGAUUUUAGGAUAGGUUUAAAAUGUUUGACCAUUCUUAACUAUCUGGUGGACAAUUUGGAAACGCUUCCCUUGAGCGCUGUGAACCUACUGAUUAAAACACACGAUACACCCUGUCUGUUGUCGGAAAUUCUGCACGUUAAACCGUGGUUGAGAAAACGUAAAGGAUUUGAACAAUUUCUGAACGACCGUUGGGAGCCAGUUUAUGGUGGAGAAAUUUUCAAAGUUACUAAAAGCGAAGCACAAGCCUGGUUUUGCCUUUUCGGUUUACUUUUCAACAAAAAUGUUAUGGCCGACUAUGAAAUCAACGAGUUUCGUCAGAGAGAAAUCGGAAAAUGUAUUGGACUUUUGAACGAACAGCUCCUGGACCAGUUACCGGCACUCGUCCAGUUAAAACAGCAUCUAUGUUCCUUUCAAAUGAAAGCUGGUUCGAGCGGAAGGAAUCGAGUCAAUUUACUUCUAGAAGAAUUACCCGAAAUUAGUAACAGUAUAUGGAACACAGCAAACAAAUAUGGUUGGAGGAAAAUAAUUGAAAACCACAAACAGAUUUUCAUUAAUAUAUCCUCCCAGGAAUUAUCAGAAAUGGCGAAAAGAUUGAGCACUGCAUAUAACACUGAUUUGUUGGAAAAGUAUUCUAGUACAGAACAAUCGGAUCUGCACACAUAUUGUUCGACAUGUAAAAAAACUGCUGAAAAGAAGUGUUCGAAGUGUGAAUCCGUUUUUUACUGUUCACGUGACUGUCAAGUCAAAGAUUGGCCACAACAUAAGGAAUUGUGUCAUCAGCUGAAAGCGCUUUAAUUCCAGUUGUUAAAAAUGCUUUAGCGACGUUCGUAUUUAUUUCUCAUUUAAUUACUUUCUAAAUUAGCUCGACUGUCGCAGCUGUUUCAUAUGCUCUUUGAUAACAUCAUGAGCCGGAGUUUCUUCUCCGUAUGCCUGUGAAAAAAAAAGAUAAUUGAAUAAACGUUUUCAAAUCAGUACAAAA